AAAAAAGUGAGACAUUUUCUCCAUCUGUCUUAAAGUUGAACAAAAAAGAGCAUACGUCGUAAAUUUGAAAAUUGAUAGAGAAAGAGGAAGAAGUUGAGUCUAUUGUUAAAAGAAACAGAUCCUAAAUCGAUGCCACCUAAAAAGUAUAACACUCGUAGUAGAGCUGCUAAGGAGGCCGAAACUGCUGCCAGUGCUAGUGCUAGGUCUACUGCUGCUAUCUUUCAAAAUGUGGACGCUGAUACUUUAAAACCAUCGGAUGAUUCAAGUAAGGUGGCUGAACCAACAGCAGAAGUACCCCAAGAAGAAGAAAGAGAUCUCGAAUUGGAAUUAGCUGGGUUUCCAUAUAAUAUCAUUUAUAGAGUCCAAGAUUUCUUAAACGAGCAUUUGACAUACUUACAGUCUUUCCAAUUGAUGGUAUUUACUUAUAUAUUCGAAUUGAUCUAUUUUAAUUAUACUAAAUUAGAUAAAUUUGAAGAUAAUAUGCAAGUGAUUGGAUUCAAUUUCGUUGGUGUAAUACUUGCUUUGUUGUUAAAUUAUAUUAAAGGGUUUGCUCCUGGUGAAACCAAGUAUCCUCCUGAAUUCAAUUAUCUUUACAGUAUCAUUUUGCCAUUUUUAUUCAAUAUUGUAUAUGUCAAUGAUGACUUCUUCAACGUUAACUUAGCAUUGAAUUAUUUCAUUGUUGAUAGAUUACAUCCAUUCUUCACUGUCUUUAGUUCCAUUGCAUUUUAUCAAAUUUAUAGUGCUGAUACUGAAAAGAGUUCCAUUACUACGGUUAAUUAUAUUCAAAUUUGUUUAAUUCAUUUUAUGAUAAAUUAUGGGUUAAACUAUAUUAAUGAUGGUAAUUUAGAAAAUGAAUAUGAAAUCAUUGAAAUUGAAGUUGAUGAUGAUGAAGUUGAUGUCGAAGAUGAAAUCAUUGAAGUUGAAAGUCAUAAGAGUUUUUCAAAAGCUGAAAUUCAAUUAGUAAGUUUGAUUAUCACCAAUGUCUUAUUAAAUAGACAAUUGGUCGAUCCAUAUUUACCAUUAGUCAUAUUCCAAAAGUUAUUAAUCAGUUUAUUAAUCACCACUUUAGUCAAUUAUCCAAUCUAUUUAUAUUUACCAAACAUCGUUACUGCUAUAACAUAUUCAGCUUCAUUCUAUUUCCUCACCGAUUAUCAAUUACAGUUAAUCUUUAACCAAAAUUCAAUCGUUUGGUUAUAUGAAUAUAUCUUUUUGAAUGAAACUAGAUUAAACUUUUUAAAGUUCUGGUCAACUUUAUUGGUUGUUUUGAUUCCAUUGAUCUUCACCUUUUCCAAAUAUUGGUCAAAGAAUUUAAGAAGAAAAGUUUGGCAUUUUUUGAUAAUCGUGGUGUUAUUAUUUACUCCAUCUAUCUUGAUUGAUCAAAUUGAGUUCACAUUGAUUAGUUUACUCGGUGUAAUCAUUAUCUUUGUCUUUAUUGAAAUCUUAAGAUACUCAAAAUUUUCCUUCAUUGGAAAAUACUUAUCUCAAAUCUUAGUCCAAUUCCAAGAUGAUAAAGAUUUACAAGGUCCAUUAAACCUUUCUUACAUCUAUUUAUUAAUCGGAAUAACUAUCCCAAUUGCUUACGAUUACAUUACUUUAAAUUCUCAAGAAACAAACCAAAUCAGUGUGGUAAGAUAUAUGGGUAUAGUUGCGUUAGGUUUAGGUGAUGCAGUUGCAUCAAUUGUAGGAGGCAGAUUUGGUACCUUCAAAUGGAAAGGUAGCGAUAAAUCCGUUCAAGGGUCAGCAGCGUUUAUUAUUGUUAAUAUUGCUUCCUUUUUCGCUAUCGAUUAUUACUUAUUGAAUAAUUACAGCUCAAUUUACUUACCAAUUACAAACUGGGAAAACUUAUUUGUUAUCACUUUCAUAAGUUCAAUCUUAGAAGGAACCUCAGAUCUUAAUGAUAACUUCUUUUUACCAAUCAUCUUACCAAUUGGUUACGAACUUUUAAAUAGAUUUUAUUAGCUUGUUUGUAAUCUAGAACUAAUAAUUAUAAUACUAAUCAUCGAUUCAUCUGGCUUUUUCUUGUAAACAGUUUGCUCUUACGUGGAUUGUGCUACUUUCUUUUGUUCGUAUAGACCACACUGUUUAAUCGAACCACUGGUAAACGAGUAAUUGCU